UGGUGAUUGGUUUGAGUCUUUAAGUAUAAUUUGUUUCUGGAACUUCUGACUUGAUACAAAUUUGAUACAAAUUUAUUCAGCUCUAUUGACAGAACACUAAGUGGAUACUUCUUGUGAAUGAAUUAAAUGAGGAAACUAAUUGGGUUGCAUGAGGAAUUAGAAUUCUACAGGAAAUUGAAGCUAUCUAGUUUUUUUCGUUGUUCUUAUAAGGUCAGAAAUAAAUUCUCACUAUGUCUGAUGGGGACUAUGAUUACCUCAUCAAAUUCUUAGCCCUGGGGGAUUCUGGAGUGGGAAAGACCAGCUUCUUGUACCAGUACACAGAUGGAAAAUUCAAUUCCAAAUUCAUUACAACUGUGGGGAUUGACUUCAGAGAAAAAAGAGUGGUGUACAAGUCGAAUGGUGCCGAUGGGAUUGCAGGAAGAGGGCAGAGGAUACACAUCCAGCUGUGGGACACCGCUGGACAAGAAAGAUUUCGUAGCCUAACGACAGCAUUCUUCAGAGACGCUAUGGGCUUUCUCCUUCUGUUUGAUCUUACUAAUGAGCAGAGUUUCCUCAAUGUCAGAAACUGGAUGAGUCAGUUGCAAAUGCAUGCAUACUGUGAGAACCCCGAUAUUGUCCUCUGUGGUAAUAAGUGUGAUCUGGAAGACCAGAGGGCAGUGAAAGCAGAAGAAGCCCAAGAACUUGCUGAAAAAUAUGGGAUCCCUUACUUUGAAACGAGCGCGGCCAACGGACAGAACGUGGCCAAAGCGGUGGAGGUCCUGCUGGAUCUCAUCAUGAAACGGAUGGAACGGUGUGUGGACAAGUCCUGGAUUCCGGAUGGGGUGUUGCGAUCCAAUGGCCACAGCUCUGCGGAUGGACUUCCAGAGGACAAAACCCAGGAGACGGGCAAAUGCAGUUGCUAAUGUACCUUGGGGGGAGGGGACAUCACCUGUGUCUCAGUAGUACAGCUGUAGUUAUUCUUCUACUCUAGGGCCUUUCCGCAUGGUGUACGGCAGGGAGCUUCUUCUGAGAUGGUGUGAGAGGAGAGUUGUAUUGAGUUUACGUUACCACGCUGCUCACAGUUUUCUGGUGUCUGCUACUGUAUUUUUUUUUUUAAUUGUUACUUAGAUGGGUUCUUCACUUUUUAACCUUUUUUAAAAUAAUAAAAGUUCAUAUACAGGACAGAAAUCAACAGUUAUAUGCAGUGCUUUUAAGUUGAAAUUUGUAACUAUAGCUGUACUACCAGAAAUAGUUUGUAAGCUUUUAAAACAAUAGCCCUGAUAUAUCUGUGUUCUGUAUGGCCCAGGCCAAGAAUGCUCUGUAUGGUAGUGUAAUGGUAAGAUUGUAUUUAAUGUAUAAAUUUUCCUAUAUUUCAACAGUGCAGGGCAGCCUUGACGCUACAACAUUAGCUUCAGUGCAGUAGCUGGACUGAAUCUGUGUACCAUAUGCACUUUUUGGACAUUUGUUCUUCUAAAUUGUAAAGAAAUGACAUUGGGCUAUAGGUCUUCUUAUGGUAAGAAAGCAAUUUUAAGUCAUGAAUACAUUAAAUCAAUAAUGACUGAAUUUGAAAGCUUUCAUUUCCUAUACUUCUUGAUGGUAUAGAACGCUGAUACAUUUCUUCUGUAUAUCUUUCAUGGUGGAAUUUUAGGGUCUCUUAUAGAAUUGUAGGCUUUUUGUAAGGUCAAGAAGAUCUCUCUGAUUUACUUUCAUCAAAAAUCAAGUGUUUUAUAAAGCUAAAAUGUAAUUUUGGGAAGUGCCUGGAAAUAUACUUUUUUUCCCCUACACUGUAUUAAUGCCAAAACACUGUAACAAUGCCAAAUAUGUUAAAGAUACUCAUUAUAAUAUCUAGAUUUUAUUUAUUAAAAUGAUGUAGUAAACAUUAAAAGCUAUUUUCUGUUGUU